GCUACCAGUGUGGCUAAUGCAAGCUAAUGUGAAUGUAUUUCUGAUUGGGUUGUAAAGCUGACACUUAAGCAUCCUAGCAGUCUCAAACUGUGGUAAUAAAACUGCGUGAUACAAAAUAGUGGCAGUUAGUUGACUGCCAUUGUACUAGUAAGCCUUAAAGUAUUUUCUUACAGCUUUUAAUCGAAUUACAGUGACACAAUAUGAUUGUAUUUGUUGUUAUGGUACACCUACAGCGGUGCUUCUUAUGUGCAUUUCCUCGUUUACUCUGAAAAUGACUACAUUUUUAAAAAAAGUAGACAAAAUGAUUCCUACCUGGGAUACUCGGAAGUGCCAUUAAGACAACGCCAUUCAUCAUAUUGUCAGCAGUAAGUGGCUACACCCCUGAACUGAGAAGGAUGCUGAAAUUAUUUAAAUGUUACAAUUAGAACUGAAAGAUAACACACACAAAACAAAAAAGGCGUAUUACUAUUUACAUUGGGUUAUUACGGGUUUUUAAUACCAGCAUACUGACCUGCACCUAAUCCAAGGUAUGGAGCUAAUAACUCAGGCCUGUAUUUAUGAUAAUUAACUGUAAAGAGUGUUUAGGAUAUACACUUAUUGGCUGCAUGCUCUGUAGUCAUGUUUGUGCAGAAGCUUUGUGCAAGCUUGCAAAAUAAUUUAUUUCACAUGCAUCAUUGUUCAUCCCUGCAGCAGCAAACUCUGGAGGCAUGGAUCAAGUGUUGAAUUCCACGUUCUCAAAGUAAUCAGAUUGUAAUCAUAAAUAAAUGGUCAACAGGAAGUUUCACAUGGCAGAUCAGAUUCUUGUUCCCUAUUGGACAAUUUCUAACUGGGAGGGUCUUCCCAGAGGCCAGCUCCCAGACAGGAAGGGGGUGGCUGGAAAUGUUUUAGUCAGAGCCUGGCAGAGAGUCUGUUUUUCUUGCUGUGAAGAGAAAAUCUUUAGUCACUGAAUCCAUGGGACAGAAAGAAGGAUUACAAACAGAUAGUGCCUUUGAGAAGAUAUCUCCGACCUGAAGUUGGUUCAUGUACAUUGCUGCCCCUCGCUUCUUUUUUAAGUUGCAGUCUCAUGCACCAACACAGGAUACCUCAGCUCAAGCCCUUUGUCGCUGGUUUGCACACUUUCAGCACCUAAAAGAAUGAGAAAUUCAAGCCAUAAAAUAGAGGAUAACAAGACGGAGGCUACUGACCAGUGCACAUACGACAGAGUAACAAUUCUGUGUUGAGAUCAUUGUUCACUCUCUGUGGGCGUUCUCGGCUGUGGAGUAUACACUGCAGUCUCUUGCUGUAAAAAACACAGUUGUUCUUGUUUCUAGGAUAAUUUUUCUUUGAUUGGCUAGUCAUCUGAUUUUUCUGCUCCUUCUGAUGGGGGAGUCAUCUGGUUGUUUUAACAAAGAAGCAGACUGUAUUCAGAGCUAAAAGCUGCGAUUAAGCUACAGCUUCUGGUGAAUUAGUCUUUCAACAAUAAGAGUGACUUUUAAAAGUUGCUUUAAAGUUACAACUUUUGGACAUGGCUCUAAAUAUUUCUUCAGCGAGAGACACAAAAUGGCUAACUCUGGAAGUUUGUCGACAGUUUCAGCGAGGAAACUGUUCACGCAGUGAUGAGGAAUGCAAAUUUGCUCAUCCGUCGAAGAGCUGCCAAAUUGAAAAUGGAAGAGUCAUAGCCUGCUUUGACUCAUUGAAGGGCAGAUGCUCAAGAGAAAACUGCAAGUACCUUCAUCCACCUUCACACUUAAAAACCCAGUUAGAGAUAAAUGGGCGCAACAACCUCAUCCAUCAGAAGACUGCAGCAGCCGUGCUUGCCCAGCAGAUGCAGCUCAUGAUCCCUGGACCCAGCCUGCAGCCUGUGCCAACAUUUACACAGGGACUUGGCACAAACGCUGGUCUCGGUUAUGGUUCAUACAUGACACCAUUAAGCCAUGGAAUGAGCCUCAUUCCUUCAGACAUCCUCUCCAGCACUCCGGUUCUUGUUCCAGGGAGCUCACCUGUCUCAGUCCAGUGCUCCUCCUCUUCCUCCUCCUCUUCCUCUUCUUCUCCCUCACAGAAGCUUCAGCGUUCAGACAAACUAGAGGUGUGUCGUGAGUUUCAGCGAGGAAACUGUGCAAGAGGGGAGACAGAUUGCCGCUUUGCUCAUCCCAGUGACAGCCCAAUGAUUGACACCACGGAUAACACUGUCACUGUUUGCAUGGACUACAUCAAGAGUCGCUGUUCCAGGGAGAAGUGCAAGUAUUUUCACCCGCCUGCACACUUGCAGGCCAAAAUCAAAUCCAGUCAACAACAAGUCAAUCAGACAGCAGUGGCAGCACAGGCCGCAGCUGCAGCUGUGACUCAGUCGACUGCCAAAGCAAUGAAGCGACCCCUCGAGGCAACUGUAGACCUGGCCUUUCCCCAUAGUGUUCUGCAACCCCUACCAAAGAGACCAGUUCUUGAGAAGAGCAGCUGGGCCGGCUCUCUCCUCAGCCCCAGUUUGUUGCACUACCAGCAGGCUCUGGUCAGCUCACAGACUCUGCAGCAGCCCACUGCAGCAUUUUAUCCCACAGGUUCUGUGUUGUGCAUGACUCCAGCUAAUGGCAUUGAUCAUCCUCAAGUAACCGCCAGAAACAGAAGCCAGUGCCGUGUUGCUGCUGUUAAGGGUCCCGGGCAGCCGUUCUGUAAAUAUUCUGUUAACAAUACACACAAAAUACAAGAGGCUGCAUGUGGAUAACAUCGCCGACUUUAUCUGACAUUAUGAUGAUGAUGAUGAUGAUACAUUACAUGCAGUUAUAAUGAACCUCUACAUUAUACUGUAAUAGGUGUCAGAGAGAUUGUUAUUGUACACGCCUUUGCACCUGCUAACAUGCACCUUCAACGAUCAAUGUGCAUUAUUUAUUUGUUUCCUAAACUAAUUCUGAUAGGGUUAUGAGUGCAUUUAGCCACCAAUCAAACUUAAAUACAAUAGAUGCUACAGAGAAGUAAACUGGCAGUAGUGGCAUAAAACUAAACAACAGAGAUGUUUUAAAUAAUGUAAAUAUUUUAAUCAGUUCUCAGUCUGUAGACAGUACCUGUUAAUGUCAGGUGUAAAGGCGUCCUAUAUUGUAGAUUAUAUUGCAGUUUUAUCAUCAUCAUAUUCUUUAUUGAAUGUGUUAUUUAAACUAAGAAAGUUUUGUUUUUGAUGAUAAUGAUUGCUCAUCUAGUGCCAGAUUUAACUUUUAAUCAAAGAGAAAAGCACUUAAUUUAACUUUAAACUUAACAAAAAAUUGUGUAUAUAAAAAAAAUGUAAUCUAACAGCAGGUUUAUGGAUGUCCCUUUAAAAAUGCUCUGAGUCCCUCUAUACUUCACCCAGAGUAAUGGAUCAGUGCUCCACCUCCUGGUGUGCCUUUGCAUUACAUAUACAGAUUGUUUUCUGUCUUUUCUGAGAGAAAUGAAAUGUUUUAUCCGUUCAAAGCAAUUUUGUUUUUCUAAUUUAACACCUCUUUAGUAAAUGUGCAUUAUUGCUCAAGACAAUUGCUGACUCACUGAUGGAUCUGUAAAUACUUUUCACUUGUUCAAGUUGAUAUAGCCUCCACAGCCAUGAAAGUCAGCUCAGUAAGAGUAUGAAGUUACUGCUGCUCAUAUUCAAACUAAAGCUCUUGUGAUCCUGUGAGGGUUGCGUGUUGAGUAGUGUCUCAACUGUUAGUCUUAAGGUUGCAGUCACUUGUCAGUACUGUAUUAAUCGAAGGUUACAAGUGCCUAAACAGUUGUGCAUGCAAUGAUUAAGUAUAUUUGAAAAGGUUUGUGUGGAAAAACACUCAGAAAAUCUAUUCCACUUAAGACAUAUACAUUAGGAUUAAAUCUACGUGUUUUUGCAAUACCAUGUAAAUGCAGUGGUAUUAUGUGUGUGUGGACCUGUUAAUUAGGCUUACAGUUUGUUUUCACUGAUGCUUUAAUGUGUAUGUUAUUCAAUGUAAUUUUCAAUUUAAUUUGAUUUUCUUUCAUUUUUCGACAAGAAAUUAGCAAAAAGGGCAAAAUACUUUUGUAGUAAAGUAGAAGGAGGCAAACAUUUGGUGACAUGUAGUCAUGAGAGAUUGACGCGGCAUGAUGCAGUUACUCAUUGCUGUCUACUAUUUAGCAGCAGACAGGGUGGGCAUUGUGUCUGAUUAAGAGAAAUACUGUUUCUUUCUUUUAUUAGAAUUUUAGUUAUCUAUUUUGCAAACAAGGUGUACAAAUAGAAACCUUUCAUUGAAUCUUUUGCAUUUCUUCACUUUUUUAUUAUAUAUUUUCCUUGUGAUGUUUUACAUGUCAAUAGAAUUUACGAGCAUAAUUUUACUGGUGUAAUAUUAGUUCAAAAUAGUUUUAACAUGUAUUCUUUUAUUUUGUGAUGAAUGCAAUUUAUUAAAAUUACUUUAGGUCUGCUGAGGGUUUCUCAAAGGACCUUGAUCUGUUAGCCUAUUAAAAGCGGUCUUGUGUCCAGGGAUUGAUGUUGGACAAAGGAGAAACUUAAAGCAAUUCAUCAUUUUUGCUGCCUGUAAGGGACAACAAGCCUUUGUAUGACCAAGGCCAUAGGAUUGAUUUUUAUGUACAAAAGUGCAUCAUACAGGACAUGUUUUCCAAAAAAGAAAAGAAGUAAUUUUCAUAAUGGUGUAACAGUAGUUUGUCAUUUAUUGUCUGAUUUGCUGCUGAGGGCAAUCCCAAGUUGCAGUGAUGAAAACUGUAUUUUGGUCGGUGGUAGAUUAGCUGUAUCUCCUCACAGUAAUUAGAUUACUUGGAAGAAACUUGGAUAUUUAACUUUAUUAUUAUAUGGUGAAACACUGUGGGUAAAACAGUGCAUAAAAGAGAACUUUUGAAAUGUUAGUUUCGUGUUUGUUAAGGCUUCCCUCUGCAUGUUGAGCACCAAACUUAAAAAUGUAUUUGGCUUUCAAAAUAUAAUUGCUUUAAAAGUUUAGACUGCUAUUAGACAUACAAUAUUUCCCCACUUAUUUAUUUUACUUAAAGGCAUGUUUUUGAAUGUUUGUGUUAUGUUAUGGCAAAACGUUUGAAUGUCAUGGAUCCACCUGCACACAGAGGUUGUUUGAGAUCUCGCCCAGUCAAAAAGAUGUGAACAGUAAGAAUGUUUGGUCUGACUGACUGAUGGAAACACUUCUCAUAAGCACUUUUUCUACAGUCAGACAACUGAGAAGACAGGCUUUGUGUGAACUUUGCCUUACCUUUGGUGUAUUACUGAGUCUGUAUUUGUUCACUAAUUAUGAUUUCUAUGUCGUCUAAUAAAUAGAAUAAACUUCACUGAACAUUUCUCUUAAAUUAAGAUACACACAUUUCUAAUAUGAGGACAUUAUUACAUUGUGACGACACCUGAAAUAGCUGAUAUUGAUUGGCUUGUGGGGUUGGCUAGCAUUUUAUUGCAACCUGUCAUAUUUAAACCCUGAAGCUUCUCGUUAAGAUGUCACGCAACAGCUAUUUGGAUCCAUACUGGUCUGAAUGCAAACAUUUUCCCCAAAAGUAAUUGUGUAUAAUUAAACAUUUCUUGUGGAUAUUUUUUGUUCCUGUAAAUUCUAAAUUGUGUACAAUCUGAUAUUAAAUAUACAUAAAUAAAUAUAUGAAUGUCGUGUAAAUGCCA